AUGGAAUUUAAUUACGAUCAAAUCAAAGAGAAACUCAAAGGUUAUGAUCUAUAAACAAAGAUCUAAUUAAUCGCUUUGGCAUAGUGCUUGUAUGACAGAAAGAACUUGGAUCAUUAAUAGGAUUAAGAAUUAGACUAGAUGGAGGCUGAUUACAAGAAGAGAGUCGAACCUUUAAUUGAAGCCUCAAAUUAAAUAAUCUCAGGUUAAAGAGUAGUAAAGGAAGAGGAAGUGGAAGACUUGAAGGAAUACUUAAAUGCUCAAGAGUAACCCAUAUUGGAUAACAAGGAACCAAUAGAAAAUUAUUGGUCUAAAGUGUUGUUAAAUUCAAAGACAUUAAAAAAUGAAGUGAUUGGAGAUAAAGAUGAACCAUUAUUGAAGGCAAUUACAAAUAUCAAGGGAUUUGAAAACAAGGAAUAACACAAGUUAGGAUUGGUGUUCUAAUUCAAAGCAAAUGAUUAUUUCCCAGAGGAAGAAUUGAAAGUGGAGUUUUUAUUGGAUGAUAAACAGGGAGAGCCACUCAAGGUAGAGAGCACAAAAAUAAAUUGGAAGGAAGGGAAGAACAUUUCAGUGAAGAUUGUUAAGAAGAAGAACAAGUAGAAGAAGAAGGUUAAGGAAGUAGAAUAAAAGACAAUAUUUUAAUUAUUUAAGAAUUUGGAUGUAAAGGAUUGGGAGAAAUUGGAAGAGGACAAGAAGGAAGAACAAUAAUAAAAGAUGGAUAUGUGUUAUGACAUUUGUAGAUUGAUUUAUGAUGAAAUAUUACCAUACUCUUUGGAAUACUAUUUGGAUGUACAUGUGGAAGAUGAAGAUUAUGAGGGAGAUGAUAUGGACGAUGAUGAAUCAGAUGACGAUGAAGAAUUAACAAAGGAAGAAGCAAUCAAAAGAAUGAAGGAAAGAAGAGGAUUCAAAAAGUGA